UUCUGGUGUCAGAUUUCCUGUCGCCGCUGCCGCCGCCGCCCGUUGUGUGCGGUUGUGUGUGUGUGUGUGUGCGUGUGUGCGCGCGUGCGUUUUUCAUCCAAUGCCACGGGUGUAUGGUUGGAGGCCAGUUCGGGGAGCCGAAUACGUUGCCUUGUGGGCGAAGCAGGACUGGCAUGUCAAACUUGGUCGUUUUGCAAAUCCGUAGCCGUUUGAGUUCAAGGAUAAAAGGAGUCCGAGAGAUUCCUAGAACCCACUACGAAGCACUACAGCCUCGAUCGCGCAUAACCCCGCAUCUACCUACCGUGGUUUCGCCUCCCCACGAUGGGUCAGUGCCAGGGCAUGUUCGACAACAUGGUGGAGGUGUUUACUGCAUCCAAGCCAAAGACGCUGAUGUUCCACAUCGGCACAAGCAACUGGCAGAGGCAGGGCGAGUUCGCCUCUGGCAGCGGCAUCGUGCACGCUUACAUGCACCAGACUUUCAAGUCGAUGCCGGGCGUCAAGUGCUACAGCAUCUAUCCCAGCAAGAACCAGACCCGCCCCGAGGCGGGCGAGGAAGACAACUUCUGGGUGUUCAAGCUUGACCACGACAUCCCGAUCUGCGAGUCGGUGAGCCCCAACUCCUCGUACAGGUGGUACUUCAUGAACGACGAGCAGUUCGCGGCGUAUCUCCAGCGUCUGGACAAAGAGGUCUGCCAGUGCGUGGACGAGACCGAGAAGAAGGAGGGGAAGGAUUUCGACUGCCUGAUCACGCACCACGCCUUCGCCAACGCCAUGACCAGUGGCCAGAUCCCAGGAAGGAGGGCAAGACCAGGCUGAAACACUUCAAUGUUGUCCAUGGCACCGCGCUGAAGAUGUACAUCAAAGAACAGACGAAGGAUCCGGAGUAUCCAGAGCGCUUCCUGCCCCUCUGCCAGAACCAUGGUGUCUUCACCCGUGACGCGCUGUGCUCUGGUAUCUGGGUGACUUCUGAGGACUCCAUCAAGAAGUUUGACAACUGCUUCCCCAAGUAUCCGAAGUCCAAGCAUGUCUUCUCGCGCAUCGGCGUGAACCAGAACAUUUUCCACCGCACCAGCGCCACUGUCAAGGAUUUGGCGACGCACGUGCGGGAGGUGGACUAGGGCAAGCUGGCACCGAUCAAGAGGGUCGUGACCUUGGUGGGCAAGUUUGUUGACUGGAAGCGCCUGGACGCCGUGCUGCAGCUGCGGCGUACGAGAAGUCCUUCCCUGACCUGGCCACGGUGAUUGUGGGCAGCGGCCCGCCCGACGCCGUUGCGCUGCACGAGGGUCUCGUGGUCAAGAUCGGCUUGCAGCGGACCUUCUUCGUGGGCGCCAAGGGGCAGGACUUCAUCGAGUGCAUGGCCUGCGGCACGCCGACGAUCUGCGCCAACAGCGGCGGCCCGACGGAGUUCGUGAAGCUGGAGCAGAGAGCGCUGGUGCCGGAGGAGGACGACUGGCGCUCGGAGGCGGGUACCAAGCGCCUGGGCGAGAAGGUCGCGGGUGGUGCCGUGAUUUUGGCCUUGAACGAAGUCUGGAAGGGCAAGACCAAGGGCCCCGCGUGCGUGCCGUUCUUGAGGGCUUUCUGCUCCACGAUGGCUCAGUGCCAGGGCAUGCUCGAUAACAUUGUGGAGUGGACCAAGUGAUCUUGUCAUGGGCCCGUGGCAACCUUGCAUUUGUAAGCAUCGUGUACAUGUAUGUGGGUGACCGGAGUGUUCCAACCAUUGGUAUUAUGAGUGUUCUCGGGUAGUGCAUGUUUCCCAUCGCCGAACAGAUCUGACGCAGUAGUUCUGGAAAGGGCCCGCCGGCCGCCCUUGAGUCGCGUGCUGUUUUGCCGUCAACUAUAUGUCUUUCUGCGCAGAUCUCCCGGCACCUGGAUGAGCAUCCGGUGCGGCGUGCGGUCUUCCAGCCGUGCUCUUCGGAACUACGUCCGCCGGCCUGCAGAAGGCCCCAGGGGCGGGCCGAAGCAGUCAUGGCCAAAUGAGUUGUAGAAGCGCGCGGAGAGAGUCUGCGAGAGCAGUGCGCAUGAUUUUCGACAGCUCGCGGCAAUUCCAGCAGGAGCCUGGAAAACCGCUGUGCGGCACUACUGCCCACAGUGUUGCAUCACUGCUCAUGUGCCUCGUCACCCGGCUUGCAUUCAUUCAUUUAUUCAUCCCCACCAGGCUACGACACUGCACACAAUGUGUUUUAUUCAAUCCCGGCGAUAUCUGAGGGGGGGUUAUGGUGGUGGAGGGCGAAGCACAAACGCUCGCAUGAGCACAAGCUUCCAGAUGUCGCGCGGGAGGCCCUCGCGCAUGAGCACAAGCUCCCUUCGGCCAGCGCCUUGGCUGUUUUUUGGCAACCCCAGAGGCGCCACAACUUUGCUCAUGAGACGUGCCCCACGUGAUGCUUGGAGCAGUCUAGAGUCAGUGUUUCACAUGUUUUAACCGGGCCAUGUGCGCGCUCUGCAUCGCAGCAGUUGCGGUCAGGACAAAGCUUGUGUGGUUGGAACCAUCGCAGUGUUGCGUUCUGCGGUGUGAUUCAUCGCCCAGUCGAAUUUGCAAAUCGCAUCAUGGAUGAACGAGCACCUUUGCAUCGAACUGAUCCGAUGAGAUCCAUCGAUCUGAACCGAGC